GAUUUGUCACCGGUUUAGUUUGACGCUGACUUCAUCGAGAACGGACAGUGUGAUGAGAGAGGCUCUUGUUGCAUACAACACUGCAAUGUUUUGUGACAGUUUAUAGACGACGAAGUCGUUUUGGAAUGUGAUAGUAAUUAAGCAAGUGAAUUUACCGAUCUGCUGUUACGCUUGGAUUUCUUUGUGUGCCAAGCCUGCUCAAGUUGUCAGUCACCUCAACAUUCCUACGACACAAGUAAGAUGUUCGAUCAAGUUGCCCACAAGAUCAAAGACCUUUUCAGGAAUCUUUCUGAGAAAGCUGAGAGGCACUCUGACUAUGCAUUGGUUAUCGAAACAGACUUCGAACAUGAAAAACACAAAGAUCACCUCGAAUCUCACAUCCCUGGUCUGAAUCAGUAUGGAACAUUUGAAGACAAUGUUGAAUAUAAUCAGUGCUUGAUGUUGAAACACGAAAUAGAAGAUGCUUUGAGGCAUGCCAGGGAAAGCAAACUGCAAUGUGAAAUCUUGUUCCCAUGUGGGCUAAUCUCUAAAAUAUCUCAAGAUGUUGUGCGGAUGUCACAAGAUGAACCGUAUGGUCUUCGUGGGUGCCUCCUGUACAUCAAUUUGGAAGGAAAAGACUCAAGUCGUAGAAUAGCCAAGAUUGACUGUGACCCAAGAACUGUGGCUACAUUUGAGCUGCACCUAAGCUUAAAAGAAGACAAUAGAGGCUGGGUAAUGAUUCAGAAACUGUAUGUUACAAUUAAAGGUUGUUUCAAGAAUUCCAGGUGGAGGUCCUUGCCCAAAAUUUUAUGUUCAGGUUUUCAACUGGAGAAGACAAAACUGUACCGGAGCAACAAUUAGAUUCAGCAAAUUUUGGUUGAGUCUAUCCAUGGAAGUUGAGAAUGUGGCAUACUAUGCAGCUAGUUUAGUAUGCAUGUGCGUGCAUGAGUAUCAGUUAUUGUUUACACUGGAGUGCUGGAUGAAAGAUGGACUGCAUGUUGUGAUAAAGCCUGUGUGAUACACCCAAACCGAAAACCAUCAUCAGAUGAUCACACAGAUAGGAGAGCAGAUCUUCAGGGCUCCUGUCAGUAAGGAUUUUUCAUAUACUGAACCUAAGACUGUGAUAGAAAAAGUUGGCACUGCAUUCAUCAAUUGAUUUUUUUUGUAGAUUUUGUUAGUUUUUAUUUUUAAAUUGUACAAAUUACCAAUAAUCUUCUAUUAGUACAAAUAGAGCACAGAAUAACAGUAGUUAUAUCUGUAACCUAAUGCACUUAGAUUGAGGCUCUUGUACAUAGUAUACAAGCACUUUCCCAUUUGUUUCCAUGCAGACAAAUGAUCUGCCAGUUUAAUACAUUACACUCAAUCUGUCAAAACGUAUAUAUAUUUAUGUUGCCAAAUGAAUGACAGUAUGUCAUACAACUGUACAAGUGCUAAUUCACUAACAGGAACCAGUCAUUAAGAGACAAUCAAACAUUUUGAAUAAAUGAAAUCCAGAUUUGUGAUAUCUAAACAUACCCCCUUUUUUAUUAAAACUUUAAAAUAUCUGAACACACACUUCAUUAAUGUCUUGUCUUUGUAAUUCAAAUGUUGAAAAAUGGUCAGAAUGGUCAGAUUUCACUUCAUGCUCUGUUUUGAAAGUGUCAUUGCUGUGCUAUGUUGUGCACCACUAUGCACUGUGCUAUCUCAACCCAAAUCCAAAUGGUAUUGUCGCAGAAGUGAACUUCUCCUUUUUUUAUGUGAAAAAUGGGAAAAAAAUGUUCUCAACCAUUUUUCCAACAUUUUAUUGAAAUAUUUACCAAUAUUUUACCAAACAAAAAAAGAAUAUGAUAUUUUCUUACAUCAAAGGAGUACCCAGUGUCUUAUAAAAUUACUAAUGUGUGGUUGUAUGAAAUGUUUCUUAUUGUUAGUAUCAUUUUGAACAAAAGCUUUUUAUUUACAAUUCAAAAAUGGAUUUUAGUCAUAUUUUCACUUGGUUUAACAUUUCUAACUUAUUUUUGCUGUAGAUGGUAAUGCCCAUGUAACUUAUUGUUGACAGAGAUUUGUGAUAUGACAUUAACUAUACUUAAUGGCAACAUACUAUUACUGCGGGCACUCUCUAUUGGCUUACAUUUCUGAAUAGUGUUUCAUUAUGAUCUGCUCUUGUUUAUGCUAAAUACUUUAUUCUUAAUUUAUGACGUCAGCAUUUACAGCUUACUGUUACUGCCAUCAUGUAAUGAGUGCAAUAAUUGAUUGCGAGGUUGUGAUAGCCCUGUCCGCAGACUGACCUGUCAGUGUGUGUUGUAUUUGCAUCGCACUAUAGAAGCCUGCAGCAGUAUUACAAUUCUACAAUAUCUGAUGAAUGUUUCAUACUUUUGCAUUUUCUUACAUUUUCAUUAAAUGUUCCCAGUUUUA